AUGCUAAACAUUGUUGUUGUUCUAUCUUUUGCAUGCCUUGCAAUGACACAAGAGUUGUAAGAUAACCAAUCCAACAGAACAUUCUUAGAUUACAAUUCAGUUGAAUAGAGUAUGAAUGCAUUUUAGAUAACAAUAGAUCACGAAAUGCAGCUCACUGAAGUCAAUGAAGAUCGACACACCGUCUUUUACUUUCAUAAGUGGAGCAAUUUCAUCGUUUGGGGAAUUUUGGCAGAUGUAGGAUUAUUGGCCAAUCGAUACGGAAUAUUCUUAAAACACAGAUUAAAUCUACAUGCUAUCAUAAUGGGCUUGUGUGUGUUGCCAACCAUGAUAGCAGAUAUCCUAAUGAGUUUGAUCUGGAAUCCUCCACAAUUCCAUGGAAAGGAGCAUUUGGCAUAUUGGCAUGCUCCAAUUGGAUUUGCAUUCCUUGGCCUUAUGGGAUUGUAAAGCAUUGGAGGUCUAAUUUUAAAAUUGUGUAUUGAAAACAAGAAAACUUAAAAAACAAUCAAGAUUCAACAGCUAUUUCACAUCUAUGUGGGUUAUUUCAUGUAUGUGAUUGGCAAGAUCUAAUGUGGACUCGGAUUCUAUGAAGUUUAUAAUUACUUUGUCGAUGAUGGAAGGUGGAAUUUGAUUGGAUUUUGGAUCACUUAUGCCCUCAUAUUCUUUUGGAGAGUGCUUCUAGAGUUCGUGUAUUAAAAUGGAAUACUCUUCUCCAAAAUCUUUAAAUAGAAAGAAGAGUAAUGUUAACCUAAAACUAUACAAGAUGCUCUAUUUGUGUAACAUGUCAUACAAAAUGAUCUUUAAAGCAUUCAGAGAGACUACAAAGAUCAAAUGUGGUUUAUAUUUAACAAUGAGAUCAUUAAUCUCACAGGAUUUGUCCAUCCUGGGGGACAGUAUAUUUGGGAGAAAACCAAAGGAAGAGAAGUAUCAAGGUUUAUAUAUGGCAGCCAAGGAUUAGAAGAUGGCAGUUGUCCAGCCUUUAAACACUCAGAUAAAGCUAUUUAAAUGAUCAAGUAGAACACAAUUGGUAGAAUCAAUAAUAUCAAUUUUAUUAUUUAAAAUAACAGCGUUUUAUAAUAUAAUACAAAUUUGUGGAAAUUGAUUACAAUUAAUUAAAUAUCGGAAAAAGUUAGUUAUUUUGGUUUUGAUAAUGAAUUUAGAAAGGUUUCAUCGUAAUUAACAAAUUAUAACUAAUUUGGAAGGUAUUAUUAAUUGAAAGCUCAUACGAAUUCUUAAUUGCCCAUUAGAUAAUACACUUGCAUUCUAAGUAUGGCUCCAGAGAAUGUCUAAUACAGAAAACAACUAGUAAAUUUAAUUGAGACUCAAUUACACAAUAAGGAGUGCUUUGAUCAUUUUCCCCUCCAGCCAAAAUACCUAAAUGAGCUCCCACUCAUCAUAAAGAACUACGAUUCAAAGAAUGGAUUAUCUCAAUACGUUCAUAAAAAUCAAUAUGAAUAAUUUUAAAUAAAUGGACCCUAUGGACCAUCAUUAAGUUUACCUAGCAAGGGCAAAAUUGUAAUCAUAUGUGGAGGAACUGGAAUACUGCCAUUUCUGGAUUUAUUGGAUUUUCUUUUAUAAUCAGCUAUUUACUAAAUUGUAGAGAAAAAAUAUGGAAAAAAAUUCAAUAACAUAAUCAAUCCAUUCGAAUGUUAAUUCCAUACUAAUUUACAUAUCACUCUCGUUUUUGCAGCAGCCAAUAAAUCAGAAUUGAUAGGCUCCGAUAUAUAUUUUCCACUUAUAUCCCUACAGAAACAAUUGUCCCAACAAUGUUUUAAGAUGAUACUCAAAGUGAAAGAAUGGACAGAGGAUGUGUGUUGUGUUAAUGAGAGAUUUAAUAAGGUGUUCUUCUAAAAACAUAUUGGAUUUGUAUCCUAAUACGAUAAAUUUUAUAUUUGUGGUCCUCCAUCGAUGAAUAAGACCAUUCCCCCUAUUCUAAAGGAGUUGGGGGUUCAAGAAUAGGAUCUACAUUUUGUUUGA